CGGCCCACCACCCCGGCUCACCAUGCCCGCCCCACCCAAACUCAGCACAGCAACUCGCAGAGGCACGCGCGCGACAAGCGCCCCUCCCAAGCAAGGCGGUCCUCCAUCGCGGCGCACCGUGUCCAACCCCGCCUCGCGCAACACUGCGUCAGCAGCCGCGAACCAAGCCGCCAUCGCUGAAGCUCUCGACGCGGAACAUCUGCAGCGCACAAAUCUCGAAUCCGGCAAAGCGGCGCUCGCGGCACAGCUCGCGGCGCAGCAGGGGCGUCACGCGGGUGAUGUAGCGGACGCUCUGCGGCAACGGCACGAGCGUGAAGUGCUCGAGCUGGAGCUGUCUGUGCAGCGUGCGCAACGUGAGGCGCGAGAGGCCACUGAAGAGCUCACGAGGGUGCGGAAGGAGCUCAAGGAAGAACGGGAGGCUGCAGGGCGGCUCCGAGCGACGGUCGCGAGCCAGAGUACGACGUUCGUUGGGCUCAAUGCGCAGGUCGCGACUUUGCAGAAGGAGAACACGAGCCUACGGGAGCUCGAGCCGCGCUUGGAGGAGGCGCAUGCGGACGUGGAGAGGCUAGAACAGGAGGCGAGGGAGGCGGAGGCGGUGCGGCGGAGGUUGCAUAAUAUGGUGCAGGAGCUCAAGGGCAACAUCCGCGUUUUCUGUCGGGUGAGGCCCGUGUUGCCGUGCGACCGGGAGGAGCUGGGGGCGGCUGCGGAUAUGCACUUUCCGGAUCAGCAGGAUCGUCGGGAGAUUAUGCUGCGCUCGACGGCGGAGAGUGCGAUGGGCAACGAGCGGAAGGAGGUGUAUAACUUUGCGUUCGACCGAGUGUUUGAGCCGAUGAGCACACAGGCCGAAGUCUUCGAGGAGAUUUCGCUACUCGCCCAGAGCUGUGUCGACGGAUAUAACGUCUGUAUAUUCGCUUACGGCCAGACGGGCUCAGGCAAGUCGUACACCAUGGAGGGCGGCUCGUCGCCAGAGGACCAAGGUAUGAUCCCUCGUGCAGUCGACAAGGUCUUUCAAGCCGCCGAAGAACUGCGAAGUAAAGGCUGGGAAUACACCAUGGAGGGUCAGUUCCUUGAGAUCUACAACGAAUCCAUCAACGACCUCCUCGUCUCCCCCCAAUCUGCACCCUUAAAACUCGACAUCAAACACGACCCCAAAACCUCCUCAACGCGCGUAACGAACCUCACCGUCCUGCCCCUCCCCACACCCGCGUCUGUGCAAGCGCUCCUCGCGCGGGCAAAUGCACGGCGCACCGUCGCCGCCACGCUCGCCAACGCGCACAGCUCGCGCUCGCACUCCGUUUUCACGCUCCGACUCAAAGGCACGAACCCGCUCACGGGCGAGAAGUGCGUGGGCUGCCUGAACCUUGUGGAUCUGGCGGGGAGCGAGCGGCUGGACCGCAGUGGGGCGAAGGGCGAGCGGCUGAAGGAGACACAGAGCAUCAAUAAGAGUUUGAGUGCGCUGGGGGAUGUGAUUGCUGCGUUGGGUGAGAAAGGCGCGUCGGGUUCGACGGGGGUGAGCGAUGGGAAGCUGGAGAGACAUAUUCCGUAUAGGAACUCGAAGCUUACGUAUCUAUUGCAAUACUCGCUCAGCGGGAGCUCCAAGACGCUUAUGAUUCUGAACCUCUCGCCGCUCCGCGCCCAUCUCGGCGAGAGUCUCGCGAGUCUGCGGUUCGCGACCAAGGUGAACAACACCCAUGUCGGGACAGCGCGGAAGCAGUUGCGGGGUUGAAGCUGUGCUAUCUAUCCAGCCGGCUCUUGUAGUUUUUUUCUUGCUAAUGUUGCAUAUAUCCCAGAACGCACGUACACUGACUAUUUCUCUUCCUGUUUUCAUCAUGAUCUUUACUGUAAUAUCCCCACCCAUAAACUUUAUCAUUCACGACAGCCAAUACUUCUCUGCCUUCCUGUCUAUUCUUCCCUCCCGAACUCUGCAAACUCGGCACCCCCGUCCACCGGGUCUUCUCCUGUCUCUUAAUUUCGUGUAUGAAAUUCGCC